AUGACAACAAACUCGAUCUCAAUAACAAAAAUUAGCGUCGCUACGUCAAGUUCAGGGAAUACCACUAUCCCUUGCCAACGUCCUAUGGAUGAAAAUAAGAAGUCACUGAAUGAUACAUGUACAAAAAAUUGCGAAAUGAGUAACAGUUCUGCAGAUAUCGCACUUGGAUCUCAAACAUCAGAUUACUAUCGAACAGAUAAAAGAUUGCCAUAUCGCUUUAACAAUCCCGGUAGACAUUAACUAAUACUUAUAUCUGCCAGAUAAGUUUGGGGGUUAUGAUGGCCCGAAAUUAAACCCACUGUAUAGAACAACCAAUUCAGAAUAUGGUAGGCUUAAACCAAACGUACAUACGAUGAAUGUUGUCUAUUACAACAAAAAUCAGGAAUUUUCCAAGCGUUACAUGAAAGCUGGCAAUUACAGGAAUCACUCCUUGAAUACUGCAAUCGAUCAUAAAUAUUCAUAAUAUUAUGAAUGUAUAUGUUCAUAGUAAUUACUAUGCCAUUGAUUCAGAAAGUCAAGAUAAACCAUAAGAUGUGGACCAAUGUGUUGGGCUUAUUUCAGUUAUCAGCCCUUUGCGUGUAUUGUUACCCACGAAAAGUGUAUGUAUUCUACUCAAAAUACAAUUCACUUGUGAAUUCAUGA